AAUUAAAGCGAUUUUAAAGGAAGAAAGUUCACCACCACACAUGACCCUCCACGUAUCAAAAACCCUGCAACCACACCUCAUACACCAGACCCUACUUAGCUGCCCCUCCCUGCCUUGUAUAACGGACUCAAUGAAUUGGCACACUUAUCUUUUGGAACCAGAGAUAUCUUGGGGUGGAGUUCCUGAAGGAGAGGGGGGUGUCCAGUAAAAAAGACCACUGUUCAGUAUCAAGAGGCUAUAUGACCUCAGCACAGCUCCUUACCAACACACAGCAGGCAGUCUCAGCCACACAUCGGACACAAUAGCCUCCACAGUGCAGACGCUCAGUGCAGCCACACAGAAUUAUGGAGGAAGGACCUUACAAGUACAUCAGGGACGGUAAUGGCAAGGUCAGCCGAGUCAUCCGGAUCGGAACGCGCAAGAGCCAGCUGGCUCGCAUCCAGACUGACAGCGUGGCGGCCAAGUUGAAAGAACUGUACCCAGAUGUCCACUUGGAAAUAGUUGGCAUGUCAACGACAGGAGACAAAAUCCUCGACACCGCUUUGUCAAAGAUCGGAGAGAAGAGUUUGUUCACCAAAGAGUUGGAGAAUGCUCUGGAGAGGAAUGAGGUCGAUCUGGUUGUUCACUCACUGAAAGACCUCCCCACCACUCUGCCUCCAGGAUUCACCAUCGGGGCUGUGCUGGAGAGAGAAAACCCCCAUGAUGCAGUGGUCCUUCACCCAAAACAUGUGGGUAAAACUCUGGAGACCCUGCCAGAAAACAGUGUGAUCGGCACCAGUUCACUGCGCCGCGCUGCUCAGCUGAAGAAGAGAUUCCCCCAACUGGAAUUCAAAGAUAUUCGUGGGAACCUGAACACGCGUUUGAAGAAGCUUGAUGAAAAGGAGGACUAUGCUGCCAUUAUCCUGGCUGCUGCAGGUCUCCGGAGAAUGGGCUGGGAUAACCGGAUCAGCCAGAUCCUGGGGCCUGAAGACUGCAUGUACGCUGUUGGACAGGGGGCUCUAGCUGUGGAGGUUCGUGCCAGAGAUGCAGACAUCUUGGAGAUGGUGUCUGUCCUCCAUCACCCUGAAACUGUGCUGCGCUGCAUAGCUGAGAGAGCUUUCCUCAGGCACCUGGAGGGUGGCUGCAGUGUUCCAGUGGCAGUACACACUGAAGUGAAGGACUCUCAGCUCUACCUGACGGGGGCAGUGUACAGCCUGGACGGGUCAGACAGCCUGAAGGAAACCAUGCAGACUAGCGUUGCUGCUGCUGAUAAAAAGAGCCAAGAGGAGGUGGACGAGGGCGUCCAGAGAGUGGGUGUCACAGCCAGCAAGAUCUCCGGCGAGGCCCAGAACGACGCCGAGCGGCUGGGGGUCGACCUGGCCAAAUUACUGCUGAGCAAAGGAGCCAAGGAGAUCCUGACGGUGGCCAGGCAGCUCAACGACGCCAGAUAAUCGGGCUCGGCUGAGGGCCCCCGGGCUCCAGAGGUGACCGGGUCCUCGAGUGCUGGAGUCAGUCACAACCUUGUGUCAAGUAAAAACUUGAAUUCCUUUUUUAUGUUCCCCAUUUCAUGUUGCUUGAGGAAAACAAUGUCGACCUCCUGCUCCACCAGGUGAACUCAGUCAACAGCAGGCACAUUUUAGAGGAUUUCAAACACUACUUGGACCAAAGUUGUGCUCGGUGUGGUACAGUGCUUCUAAACUGAUCGCUUGUUCAGGGUCACUGCAGUCUGCAGCACUCUUGGCCUUGGAUCCAACCUGUUACGUACUUGACCUCAUGGAACCAUAACUUGAGCCACGUAGAUACCGCCUUACUGGGAUUAUCAGUGACAAACACCAAACAGCCUUCAAACAUAGUCACAGCAUUUACAGUACCAUUACUGGCUGAUUUCCUCAUGGUUAAACCGUUUUUGUUUUUUUAAAGUAUAGCAGUAUAUUAUGAGUAUCAGUGUAUUAAAUGUAAUGUCUCUAAUACUCAGCAUAGUCAAUUUUUUCCCCGUAACCAAGGAUGUUUGUUUCAUCAACAUCCUUUUCUAGUUCUCCUUAAGCAGGGACAAAAUAGGAGUUAACCCACAGCUCCUCUCGUAGUGCGUCCUCAUUUGGAAAAGCUGGCUUUUUAUAGUACCAAAGAUGAGUUUACAAGCAUGUGGGCACAUUUUCUGGUUGGGAGCAGGCAGCACUGCAAUAUAAAAUGGGGCUAAAUGAGAUGUGAAAUGUAAAUAUAAAUGUGGAUUCAGCCAUGAGUCAGCAUAGACUUUCUCUCCAGCUCCUUCAAGUUCACCAGUACUUGAUCAGGCCUCGUCCGUGCUGUUCAUUGUUAUAGUGUCAAGUUUUAUCGUGUUUCGCCGCCUGAAAAAUAAAAUUUUCCGCACAGCCUUCUUUCAGCCCAUGUUUCAAAGUUUACUGCUUUUAAGAGUGUGCGAUUGAUCCUCCAGAGAGGAUGAUGAUGAUAAGCUGAAGGCACAGUUAGUGACGCCACGUUGGUACAGCUUUGUCCUGAGCCCAUACGAAGAAUCGUUCCACUACAUGACUGGAGAUGCCUUGUUUAACACUGGAGCUAUCACUGCAUCUGUUUUCAGUCUUCUUCUAUGAUUUUAAGUGUGCACUGGGGCCCAGUUUGUCCUGUUUAUGCUUUGCUGAUAUUGUAUCACUGCAGAUACAACACUACAGCGCCAUGUGAAGCAUCAGCUGUCAGCUUCUGAGUUUUAAAUACAGUGUAAAUGCUACAUUUGUUGAUGUACGUCAGUAUAAUCACUAUUUAAAAGGUAUAAGCCUAAGCAGCAGCUCUACUCACUGGCUUCAUAAGCUGCCAAUAGGGUGAUAUACUGUUGUGUUAUAGAUGUAAAGUAGCCAUAAAGACCUUAUUUAACUGAAAGAAAUCACAUAUAUUUUUUUUUCUGCAAACUGUUUUACAGCUGCUACACUCAACACAUUAGCUCAGAACUUGAUUAAUGGCCAAUGCGAACUCAUUAACGCAGAUGGUUGGUGUGUGUUAUGGUGAAGUUCUACUGAAGCACCACUGCAUUCAGAAUUUGACUGCUGCAUCUGAUAAUUAAAACAGAGUUCUCCUCUAAAUACAAGGUGAAGAUCCCGUCGGGAGCAGAUACUCUCAUAAUGAAGACUUCUGUAAUAUUAUAGAUUAGUAUAGUCAUCACAAUAUGUCAUUCAGAAUCAUGACAUCUUUAUCUCACAGAGACGUAUAGAUGUGCUUGAUGGAUUACUGUUCUGGUCAUGGUUUAUUUUAAUUAAGAGAUGCAGAUGCUUCUGUACACCAUCCACAGCCAUUCAGAAUUUUAGCAGUUUAUUCUUUUUUUUUUUUUUGUAUAUAUUCAGAGAAUGGAAUAUUUGCUGUCAUGUUGUCUAUCAUGAUGCUGUUCUCCACAUAUCAAACUGACGGGUUUCUGAAAGCAAUACAUCUUCAGACUUAUUGACCUUAUUGAAACGUCUUGAACGCCAUUGUUCAUCUUCCUGUAGCCUCUGUCAAAGUGCCAUCUGAGUAAAUGUAUCAUAUCUGCCUUACAUACAACAAUGUCUGUUUAGAUCUUCAUUCUGCAUGAGUACACCCACUGUACAGUUAGUGUGAUACCAUAUUGAAUUUCCUGUGUUGUAUAUUAAACUUAAUUUAAAACCUCCGGAGACAAUGAGAGAUAACGUUAGCCAUAUUUGUUUUUCAGCUUUAAUUUCCGUGUGAAUGAAAGUAGACUGUUCCUGCAUUUAGAUUCUAUACGUCAGUUCCCAUAUUGCUGUUAAUGACAAAAUAUUGAGUUGGUAUCAGCACGUGUCUUUGUUUUGCCAUGUCUGUGAAUAUCAUGUCAAAUUAAAGCACCGAUGUCAACAAACAAA